AGGCCUCUUGCGAUGCUCUCCGUCGCGAAUUAUUUGAAGAAGCCUCGCCGUGGUGAGCCUCCGCCGAGCGAUGUGGAGCCAGGGUCGCCGGCCGUGGUCGGCGCAGGGAUCGUGCAAUGUCUCAGAGUGAAAGGCUUUUGCGUCAUCAACCAUGCCGUGAGUGAACAGAUGCUUCAGAGUGCCAGCAAUGAGCUGACAUCACAAGAAUGGUAUCAGCCCGCAGUGCUGAUCCAGGAGGGCCUCCUUGGAGUGGAGGGCUCCAAUCGCAUCUGCCGCAUGGCCUCCAUUGACUUUCCCGAUGCGCAAAGCUCUUCGGAACAGUUCCAGGAUGGCCUUGCUGGCAUAGAUUUUGCAAUGUGGAAACUGGCAGAAGCUGUUGGCCCCUUUCAAGACGAGCUGGGCUUUCGGUGCUGCGGUCGAAGCAUUGGUUUCCUGCAUCAGGCCAGUGAUCCCGAUUUAGAGGAAGCCGAGCUCACAGAUCAGGAGGCCAGCGAUUGGAGUGCAAUUUUCACCAGCAGAAAGAUCAUGAUCCUCGUGUUUUUGGGUCCAGGCAAGGGAACGUUAGAAAUGCAGCCGUACGACGAUGAGGCCAAUGUCUCUGAAAUCACCACAGUGCCUGGCCUGGUGGUGGUGCUGCGUACAGACCAGCUCUCCUUCAAGUUUUUCUGCAGAGGUCGUGAGGCGACUCACGUGGCUAGCUCAUUCAUGCUGCAAAACGAUGUUUUGCGCAUGCAUCGAAACAAGUUAGAGGCACAUCUCACUCCAGCUGCGCAAGAGUUGGACCAAUGGAUCGACCAGCGGUUGAGGGAGAUCAAAGAGAUGGAAGAUGAGCCGACGGAAGAUUGGAAGGCGGAGGUUCCCAGGAGCUUCAUCCAUGCAGCGAAUCGCACAUGGUUCAAGCGCCAAACCACGGUGGUCAGGGGUGCAGCAGCAAGGCUUCCGGUGACUUGGGAGCCGGAGGUCUUUUUUCUGGGUCUCACAUCAGGUGCUGACACUGUCAUUGAAGUGCCCAUUAUGCGAUGGGAGCACGAGACGGUGUACGACCCGUCGCCGGACUGCUGGAAACAGAAUCCGCCCAAGACCAAUUGCAGGCAUUGCUCCUUGAUUGAUGGUGUGGACCUCUUUGACAACAAACUCUUCGGUUUGUCACUGGCGGAAACCAAAGGCAUGGAUCCUGGUCAGAGAUUGGUGUUGGAGGUCACCUACGACUCCCUCUACAGGAGUGGAAUGAGGAAGAACACCUUGAUCAACUCCACUUGCGGAAUGUAUGUGGGAACCUCCCAGAGUGAGUGGAACUCCGCGGAGAAAGCUGCCGAUGUUGGUAUCUUCGGCGCGACCGGCGGAGCGCCCAGUAUCACAGCAGGUCGUUUGAGCUUCUGCUUGGGCUGCAAGGGAGCAUCCUUGGCCAUCGAUACUGAGGCUGCCUCGGGGCUGUCGGCGGUCUUCUGGGCCGCAGAGUCAGUUGAGAAGAAGGGCGCAGGGCACAUCCAGGAGAUGGC